AUGACAAGUGAUUUGUAGGCAUAAUAGUAGCUUUGGUUUCUUUCAGCAAUAUACAAAUAUAAGAAAAAUGGAUGACUCGGGCCACUCUGAAACAUCAGAAGAUGAAAGUUUGAGUGAAACAGACACAGUUAUUGGUAAAAACGACGGGCAAAAUAUGUCAAUGGAGGAAAUGAUGAAAUUAAGAGAAAAACUGGGAUCUAAGGUUUUUGAUAAAAAAUUUAUUUCAAGAAAUAAGAAUAAGGAAAGUGGUAAUUCUAAGGAUGAUAACAAACAAAGUGGGAGUAACUCAACCAGUAAAAAUUUUUCAAGAACAAACAAAAAUCGACCGCAGGAAGUAUCAUCAAAAAGACCUGUAGGUCGAUAUUCAAGGCGUAAAGGUGAUCAAGAAACAAGGGAUCCACGAUUUGACGAAAUUUGUGGUUCAAAAUUCAAUCAAGAUGUAUUUGAUGCUAGAUUUUCAUUUUUAUCAGAUGUUCGUGGAAAAGAGAAAAAAAUUCUUGAUAAAAAAUUUAACAGGGCGAAAACAUCAGAAGAAAAACGAAAGAUCAAAUUACUUUUAAAUCGUAUGAAUAAUCAGGAACGUGAAAAACUCAAAAGAAAUGAGGAAAAACUGGUCAUACAAAAAUGGAGGAAGGAAGAAAAGGGAAAAGUUUCUCAAGGAAAAAGACCAUAUUUUCUUAAGGAUAGUGAUAAGAAAAAACUUAUCAAAGAAUAUAGACUGCAAAAUCCAUCUAAUAAAGUUGAUAAACCCAAGAAGUCUAGAAGAGAUCAAAGAAAGUUUUCAGGUCAAAUGGAAUCACCAGCAAGCACGGUAUGAAUGCGAUUCAUAUUAAUCCUAUUAAAGUAGAAUCG